CGCUUCCGGUAGAAAAGGGGGCACCUGUCAUGGAUGUAAACAUGAGUACUUCUCGAGAUCUUUAACAGCUGCUGACCGUGGAUCUUGCUUCUCAGAUCACGUGUGCCUCUUUGAUUGUAUCUGUUAGAUGUGUUAUGGUGAAGAUGACUGCUAGACAUCCAACCUGACUAAAUGGUUGCCAGCUACUGACACAAUGAAGAGAGGGCCAAGUCCCUCCUCCAGUGAUGCCACCUCACCAGGAAGUUGUGGCCCCGCCCCAAAGAUCCCCCGCACUGGUUCAUCUGUCACUAGACAAUGGUUCCGUCAUCCUCCGAGCGGGCGUGGCGCCAGCAGGGGUCCAGAUCUGGGGAAGGGUGCUUCAAGCUUCGUCAAGCCAGGCACCAAGACAGCAGGACCCUACAUGCUAGGUCCACGACUUGGGUCAUCACCCGUACGGAGCAUCGUCCAAUGCCUGGCCAGGAAGGAAGACACAGACGAGUUCUACACCAUCAAGAUCCUGACGAUGGAGGACCCUGAGAAGGAGAGCCAGGACGACCGCCAGGGGAAGAUGUUGAUGCACACGGAGUACUCGCUGUUGUCCCUGCUGCACCAGCAAGAUGGCGUUGUCCACCACCACGGGCUCUUCAAGGAUGAGUGUCUGGAGGAGACCCAGUCUGUAGACAACAACGGCCUGGUGGAGUACACUGGGCGCCGCCGGAAGCGUCUGUGUCUGGUCCUCGACUGUCUGAUCCCUCACGACUUCAGCACCAUGACAGCGGACCUCAUCAACCUCCAGCACUACGUCAUCAAGGAGAAGAAGCUCUCCGAGAAGGAAGCCAUCGUCAUCUUCUACGACAUUGUGCGUGUGGUUGACAGUCUGCAUAAGAAGAACAUCGUUCACCGAGACCUGAAGCUGGGCAACAUGAUGCUCAACAUGCGGACUCGUCGCAUCACCAUCACCAACUUCUGUCUCGGCAAACACCUGGUGUCGGAGAGUGACCUCCUGCGUGAUCAGCGAGGCAGCCCCGCCUACAUCAGCCCUGAUGUCCUCAGUGGCAAGCCCUACCUGGGCAAACCAAGCGACAUGUGGGCUCUCGGUGUGGUGCUGUUCACCAUGUUGUAUGGCCAGUUCCCCUUCUACGACAGUCUGCCCACGGAACUCUUCAGGAAAAUCAAGUCUGCAGAGUACAGCAUACCCAAUGAUGGGCGGGUGAGCAAGGCAACAGUGCUUGUGAUCCAGAGACUGCUGGUGCUUGAACCACAGACUCGGAUGACUGCCGGUCAAGUCCUGGAUGACCUCGGGACAAUCAUUGCCACAUGGAGAGCCCUGUCUGUCACUGGACCAAAUCAACAAGUGCCAGAGAACCCACCCUCCAAGCCGGACCACCCUCCUGCCCUGCCAGUCCUGACCCAACCAAGUGACCUGGAGGUGAAGCUGCACCAGCUACAGUCCGACUCCCAGAAUGAGGCCAAGGCUCAGAAAGUUCACGUUGUGAGGAAAAGGCCAACUAAUGCUCAACCCACAGUGAGGAGAGUGAAUGUUGAUGCCAUGCCGUUAACAGCAGACGAACUCCGUGCUCACCAACACCUUCUGCCAAAAUGACACAAGUAGGUGUCUGUGGUCACUUCAGUCUCUGUCAGAUUUCAGUACUAUGAGGUAUUUAGUGUGGGAAAUGUAGUUGAAUGCAGAUUUGGUGUUAUUCCAUAUCAGUUCAUUACUGAUCAUGCUUGUCUAUGAGGGCAGUGUUCCCGCUGGCUUUUGAAACUGCCAGUCCUUGUGGACUGGCAACUCUUAAAAUUACCAGUCCCCCAAAUUUUUGCCAGUCUCAACUUUCAACAAAUAAAAAAACGUAUGAAAAUUAUUUGGUUAUAUUUCUUCAGUGAAAAGAUGUCAUCUCUGAAGUAACUUAGUUAGAUCUAUAGGUCAUUCACACAAACUUCAGUCACAAUUUUCUCCCCUUUUUUGUAUUUCGAGACAAAGUAGCUACUAAUGGAUAUUUCACCUAGAAAUGGACAAGGGGAAACACUGAUGGUAACAGACAAGCUGACUUUGUUCGAAAAAUGUACUUAUAUGAAUAUAAAGUUUUGUUCAACAACAAAGAUUUAUAAGGUACUUUAUUUGCCGGUCCAAAGGGACUGGCAGUCACAUGAAUUACCGGUCCAAGCCUAAUUUUACCAGUAAAAAACUGGUUAUUACUGGUAAAUGGGAACGCUGAUUAGGGUGAGAAUUAAAAUCCUAAAAUUUCAACAUGGAAAACAGGGAAUCAUGAUUUUCACAUUUACAAAGUGCUCAAUUUAUGAUUGAAAUUAUCAUGUACUAAACACAGGGAGGAGAAUGAAUAUUUUCCUUUUCAGCUGAAACGUUGUUGCAUUGUAGUGUGGUCCGUAAUUUGGGGGCGUUUAUUGGGGAAUCCAUCAGAUUUUAACAAAUUUGAUGUCACUAAAAUUUGCGGACUCUUGUGGACCUGCAGAAGGUUCUCAGCCCUGUAAACAGUGUCAUAUUUCAUUUAAGGCAUAUGCAUGAGAAACAAUCGGCAACAUGGAUAUCAUAUUGUCAUGACAUUUCCUGAAAAUACUAUUGUACAGAUGUAUAUAAUAAAUCAUAAAUUUUUAAUAAACUGUGACGUCACUGUG